AUGGGUUUGGGGUGUCUCGGUUCAGCGGUGCUCUUCGCUUCUUUGACGGCUCUUGUCGGCGUCUGCUCCGCCGGUUCGGACGCGCCCCGGGGAGUCGCGAUCGGGUUCGUUUUCGACCCCAAAGCGACGUGCGACCCACCGUGCAGACACGCAGGGAUCUGCAUCCGAAACAACACUUGUUUCUGCUCCAGAGGAUACGAGGGAGAGACCUGCCAGUAUGGUGAUGUUAUAAACUUUGUUUCUACAUUUACAGUUUAGUACAUAAAUCUGCUUUAACAGCUGAAACUACAAGAAUACACCUGGCUUCCAAUUGGCUCUGUAUUUUACAGUAAUGUGCAGUUUAAUGUAUUUUUCUCGAUUUGUGGACAAUCAAAUAGAAGAAACCUCUUCCUGAGUCCUGCAGACAUGCUUACACCCAUUAGAAGACAUACAAAUGUAGAAAAAACUGCAUAUUUAUCAUCAUUGCAGCUCUGUUAUAACUUGCUUUCAAGUAGGAAAAAGCAACUCAAUUUGAAUAACUGAUUUUUUUUUUUUUAAAUUGCAAUUGAGGUGUACUAUAAACUAUAAACAAGAAAUGUCAAACUCUUGUUUCUUUGUUGAAUACAGCCAACUGUUUCCCCAAGUGUAAGAAUGGAGGAGUGUGUCUCCGUCCUGGUAAAUGCAGAUGCCAGCCUGGAUAUGGAGGAAGAUACUGUCACAAAGGUGAGAGCGGGUUUAUUUACAGUGACUUCUUUUAGGAAAUAUCAUUUUUUUCUAACAGUUUCAGUGAAUCUAUUUUGGAUUAUAAAUCAUCCUCAAAAGGACAACAGCUCACUUCAGGCUUACUUUGCUGCCUUUACCUGAUGUAUUCGUAUAUAACCUGAGUUAAAACAGCCAUACUUAAACACACAGCUGUCUUUUGUUUAAUUUGGCAUGUUUAAAUCCCUCCAGAUUAUCUGUCAGAAAGCAGCAAAGCUAAUCAGGAAUAAAACUACAGCAGUAGGUCAGCAAGUUCAGGAAACAUGUCUCCAGUAGUUAAGUCCUUAUGUACUUUAAAUUGUUUUAUAACUGUGCAUGAAAUAAGAAAAUCUCUAGGGAAAAAGACACUCGACAGCAAUUCUUCAAGCUGCCGGAGAGCUUAUUUUAACAUAUCCUAACAUCAUCAAGGUCAAACAGUGGACUAUGGCGAGCCAUCUGCUUGAGUCUGAGAUGUGAACGUUUGUUUAUCUGCUAUCAACUGAUUGAUUAAUUGUAUUCAGGAUAAAACUGAAGGGCACUAAAAGGACACCAUACAAUAGUCUCAUUUGUGUUAUACCAUUAUGUCAAACUAUAAAGACCAGAUUUGUGUUUCUCCAACAGUGUUACUCACUUUUAUUGGGGAGAAUUCCUUCGAACUUUUUCUAGACUAGUGUUCCCCAACCUGGGGUUGCAGCCCCAACAAGAGGUCAUAGGGCAAGUAACUUAACAGGAGUCAGAAAUAGAUGCAAACUUUUGAGCUAGAUCUUCCAAGUCUUGUUUCUUUUUACAUGAUGUGCCUAAACAGUUAAAAGUGAGUUUUCCUGGUAUCUCGUCUAAACAUUUAACAGGAAUAUGCUGUCUGGGAUUUAUGAAUUGUCAAGUAUCACAGCUUACAGUUGUUGAGCACAGGCCAGGUGAAGCCACCGCACCGCUGAUUUGUGUGAUCUGUGUGUGUGUUUGUUGGCAGUGACGUGCGAUGGCGGAUGUUGGAACGGAGGCGAAUGCUCGGCUGUCAACGGUGUGGCCAAGUGCAUCUGCCCCUCAAGCUGGAGCGGCUCAAAAUGCCAAGAGGGUCUGUUUAUAGCGGAAUCUAAUUACCCCAUUAACACCACAGGUCAAAGUCACCAAAUGGAGCCACUCCCUCAGCUGCAGCCAUUCAUCAGCAGCUAUCACCUACUAACAACAUUUUAAAUGCUUUUCCAGCUACAACUUACUGACACAACCACAACCAGCAUUUGGUCCUCUGCUGCACUUGGUCAUAUUAGGUGUCAAAGUUAAAAACCUGUGAUUGAUGAUACACCUAUUCUUAACAUUAAAAUUUGAUUUAGACUUUGCAAAAUGCUGAAUCUUAUUUAUGAGGUUACUUUUCAUAUAGUGGAAAAGCAAAUUAGCAGGAAAAGUUGAUUACACCCAGCAAACUUUAAAGGACAGGUUAACACUUGCAUGAGUUAGCCUAAAUCAUAAGUGUCCAUACGAAUUGAGCAUACUGCUAGUUCAGACAGGCUUCAAAGCAAUACUAAGCUGACAGUGCAUCAGCUAAUCAUGACACCGGGAAACAGCUGAUUACCACAAAGCAAAUCCAAAACUAGACAUUCUAUUUAAACAAUUUUGCAAUCUCUGUUUUCUAAGCUGUGUCGGAUUUUACCAGAAUCAUAUGUAUUGUAAUUGUCUUGUAGACCUCUAAUAGAUGUCUAUAUGUAGCCUAGACGACUGGUCUGAAAUCAGGCUACCUCAAGUCUAAAAAUGAACUUUUUUUAGACGUCUAAAUUUGGACUAAGUCUAAAUCCGGGCUAUAUCUAUACUACACUGUAUAUUGCUCAACGGCUAUCAUAAUUAUUUUGGUUCAGUACUUGGAGAUCAGUUAUGCAACUCACAGUUGCUUUUUGAAAUAAAUAGUUAUCGAAUAAUGGGUUAAAGUGAAACGUUUAAAUUCCAUCUAAAAAUAUACAGAAUCUAGACGAUUGAAACUAGGUCUAAAAAAAACUAGACGUCUAAUAGCCGUUUAUUGCUCAGUGGGCAGGAGGUUGCCUGUCUUUGCUGCUUCUCUACCUGCCUCGGCUUUUCACAUAUGCACAGACCCCUGUUUUGAGUAUGAUAUUUGGCAUUUUACCAGUUUUGUUUACUUUUCUGUCAGCUAGUCUGAAUUAAGUGUAGGGAAGCUCAGUAAUGUUUCAUUCACCAAAACUGAAGGUUUAAACUUCUCCUGGGCUGCUGAAAUGUCUUUUCAUGUUCUCUUUUGUUCUGUUUGCAGCCAUCUGCCCUCAAGGCUGCAGGAACGGGGGAAUCUGUGUGGCUCCAGGAAUCUGCAGCUGUCCAGAGGGAUGGCUGGGUGGUGCUUGCCAUACUGGUGAGAUCUUUAAGUCAACGCACUUUAACAUGCCUCAGUGCACUUUACAAGCAGCAUUUCUUUUGUGUCCUUUCUCCCUCUUCUGCUUGAUCAACCCUCCUUCAGCUUUUUUAUACUCCUACUUUCCCUUUAUUUAAAUUAGAGUAACAGCCGCACAGUUUUGUCUAAAGGAAAGUUUUCAGCAGCUCAGUGUUUUUCCAGAUGUGAUAAAACUUGGACACACAAAACAGUUGCUAGAUUACCAGUUUUAAGAUCUACAGCUGUCACCCUGACUACCUUUUUUGUUUCUUUUGUCUGUUUUGUCUCGCUGUAGCCGUGUGCUCUAAACCUUGCCUGAAUGGAGGGAAGUGCAUUUCUCCAGAAACUUGCCGCUGUCGCCCCCCUUUCUCCGGCCCUCGCUGUGAAGAGAGGAAAAAGUCCCACUAG